AUGCUAUUUAUAUUGAAAUUUGUGUUAAUAAUUUUACUAAAUGUAACGUACGCGUCUAUCACGCAAGAUAGCGAAAUAUUAUUACUACCGGCAUUGAAUUCGACAGACUUGAAUGAGAUACCAUUAACUCUCAAAGUUUUCGGAAAAUUGAUUCAGUUGAAUCUGCGUAGAAACGAUCAGACUGUAUUGUCUGCGUUUGAAGUAUGGAAAUAUAAUGCAAAAGGCGUCACAGAAAAGUUGUCGCAGUAUAAAGCAUCGAAUUCUUGCUUCUAUUUUCAUGAAGAUCAUGACAGCUUUGCGGCCGUUAACUUUUGUCAUGGAAAUGGAUUGGAAGGACUCAUUUUUAUGGAAAACGUCACAUUAGAGAUUCGGCCUUUGCGGAACGACUUUGCGCCUCUGUCCUUAAUCGAUGAUUUUUGCGUUAAAGAACAAAUUAACCUUUCAUUUGCCCAACCUCAUCUUAUUGAAACGGCAGUGCAACAUUUUAGUGAUUUAAAUCUAUAUCAUUGGAACAAUAUUAAACCCAAGCGACGUCGCGUACGAAGAACGCAAAGAGAAAAAACCAUAGAACUUGCAGUUUUUUUCGACGAAGCAGCAUAUCACAUAUUCAUGCCUUUUCUGGACAACGAUAAAGAAAAAAUACGCUAUAUGAUAUUAGCGUAUGUGAAUCGUAUUCAGGCUAUGUUCCAUCAUCCGAGUUUGGGUGCCUCUAUCGAUAUUUCGUUGAAACGUUUGGAGAUUAUGGAGAAACAACCGAUAAAUUUGCCAGUUGUCGACAGGGACUAUAAGAAACUGCUGAGGUCGUUCUGCAAUUACGCGACAACUUACAAUCCUCCACAUGAUGAUAAUCCGCAUCACUGGGACCUCAGCCUUUAUUUAACCGGAAUAGAUAUUUAUAAAUAUUUAGAGAACAAUUCGAAGAGUUAUUUUAUUCUGGGAGCAUCUUACCCCAAUGGCAUAUGCACUGCAAAUACUUCAUGCGCGAUAGUAGAAUUCCGUGCUGCAUCUAAAAUCAUAUCUUCGGGUUUAAGAUCAUCUUCCACAGCUGUUCACGAAAUUGGUCACGUUUUAGGAUUGUUACACGAUACAGUAAACCCAAGAGACAAAUACGAAUACAUAAUGGCAGCUCGGGAGACCAAUCAAAGUCAGAUAUUAUGGUCCGAGGAUAGUCGUAAGAAACUAAGAUGGCUACUCAGGACGAGACUCGUAUUACAUCCAUCAUAUUCAUGUCUUCAAGAUCAUUUCAGUCCCGAAAGUGACACAUAUAUAUUUGAAAAUCGGAGUUAUCACAAUUUGCCAGGAAGAGAAUGGACCGCCAAAGCACAAUGCGAAUUAUCUUUGCGCGACAAGGAUGCAAAUGUAGUCACGUUGUAUGAUAUAUGUAAAAGUUUACAAUGCGAAACUCCUCACAAAAAUACGUAUUAUUUCACGGGACCGGCGCUAGCAGGAACUUAUUGCGCACUCGGGAAGGAAUGUCGCGGAGAAGAAUGCGUACCAGUUAUCGAGCCGCCAUACAUUUUUAAGUAUUGUAAAGACGAUAACUGGAGUGAAUGGAAGGAAGACACUUGUAAAAGCAGUUGUUUGAAAAAAUCUAAAGGCGCAUUAGUCAAACGACGUUUUUGCAAACAUGAGACUCACAGAACAGCCAAUUGCAUUGGACCAUAUUACGACGUGGUUUUGUGCGAUGAUUCUUCACUCUGUCGGCAAAAUCGCAAGACAAUCACCGAGUUCACUACUACGAAAUGCACUGAAUUCAGCCGUAUCAUGUUUGACCUGACAAUGAAGCCGGGAUGGCAGGCUCCUCAUGAAGUUGAUAAACCGUGGGUAGCCUGUACUAUAUACUGUGUACGAAAGAAUUAUCCUAAUUAUUUUGCACCACGCUUGGAAAUGCUCGACCAUGGUAUCAAUCCAUAUUUUCCCGAUGGAACGAGGUGUCACAAUGAAAAUGGCCAGGAUUAUUACUGCCGUCAGCAUCAUUGUUUGCCGCAAAGUUACUCAUUCGAAGAAUAGUGGUCGAGACAUUAUGAACACGUGUGAAUGCGUAUCCAGAGGAAAGGAAAUCGCAAAACGUGCGUCGAUCAAUUUUUGAAUAUUUUUUAAUUUGUUUUGUACCAGACAUUAUUCGUUAUUCGUCUGCGCACAAAUAAUUUUGACGUGUCUUAAUAAUAUAUUAAUAAGGAUAUAUUGAAAGAAUAUG